ACCCAAAAAGAAAAGAAAACUCAGAAAAAAUUAGAUAUAUGAGAGAGUCAGUCUAACAACCAGAGGCUCCAGCUCCUUUAUCAUUGUCCCAAAAAGAGGCUAUACACCAACUCCACUUUCUAAAGUAAAAGCAAAGAAAACUAUCUGAAUUAGUCUCAGUCUAUAGAAAAACAAUCAUUGUCUAAGCUUCCAUAUCAUUUUCAAUCCAUAUCAUUCAUCAAGGUCACUCAUUUUGGAAGGAGCGUGUUGAUAGACAAAGAAACAUAAAGGGAAAAACAAAAGCCAAAGAAAAAAAAUCCGAUCCCCUUUUCUCUCUCUCUUUCUCUUUCUCCUUCUCCUUCUCCAUAGAAAGUAAACUACCUUCCCAUGGCUCCUCCUCUGCUUCUAUUAUCAUCUGUAUAAAGAAAACUCCAUUCUUCUCUAAGCUCAUUCAUUACCUGCAAGAAUCCAAAACUAUAACGACACCCAAAACCAACAACUCCAACUUUAUUCAACCACCAGUUUCCACCAAUGGUGCUUAGAAAUUCCAUUUCCAACACCAAGAGGUUUUUUCAGAAAACCCUUGGGACCCUGAAGAACCUAUUUUCUGCUGGUAGCUAUGAAAAGCUACCCAAAUCGCCUGCCAUCUAUAGUACUUCUAUGUCUACUAGUACUUUUGCUCGCGUUCAUGAUAUGAAUAUCCACAACACAAGCAGUUACAAAGACUUAGACAAGUUGUACAACGACUUCACAGAUCAAUGGGAUAGCAAGAGACAAAGCAACAACAAGAGAUUAGUAAUUUCCUCGCCCGCCCAGCAAGAUCAUAAAGUGGUUCAAAGGAGAGAUCAUGAGGCAUGUGAUCGUAAUAACAAGGUGAUGACAAAGAGAGUGGAGGAAAGUAGAACUACGUUUUCCAGUGAAUUGAAAGAGCCGAAAAGGUGUUGUUUGGUGGCUGAGAAGUUGAAGGAGUUGGAGAUGUUGGAUAUAAGCAAUGUAGAUCACGUUCUGGAUGUACAAGAAGUGUUUCAUUACUACUCUCGCCUCACUUGCCCUGCCUAUCUUGAAAUCGUGGACAGGUUCUUCAUGGAAAUGUGUGCUGAAUUUUUCGGUCCAGCAGCAACCCCAGGAAGAAGCAAGAAGUCAAGGCUGAGGCCAAGGACUUCUUUGAGGUCAUAAUUAAUCAAACAAGUGAACAAGUUUGAUUUAGUGAGUUGUUGGUUGUAAAUUCUAGCGAACUUCCACUUGUUAUGGCUCUGAACCUCUUAAUUCUGUUGUAGUUCGGUAUUCUUGUUCUUCAUCAUAAAUUUCCAUCUGUGGUUGUUGAGA